AUGGCUGCCAGUGUUGCUAAGAAGCGGAGGUACAAUGCUGAAUACAUUAACUACGGAUUUACACCAAUCCUCGCUGAUGGCAUCGAGAAACCUCAGUCAAAGAAGAAGAAGAAGGCCCACACGAUUGGUGAAACUUUAAUUAAGCCGUGUGCUUUAAAGAUGGUCAAGCGGGUUCUUGGAGAGGCAAGUGAACGUAAGAUUCAGCAGAUUUCCUUGUCAGACGACACGGUAAAGCGGAGAAUUAGUGAAAUGUCAGAUGAUAUCAUGGAACAAGUGAAACAGGAGAUUAAAUCGUCUCCAACUGAACCUCUGUUAGAGGCAUGGAUUCAGAGCACGAAACCCUCCUCUUUUACUCCAAAGUGCGAUGGCUUUCCACGGGUCUGCACCCAGUGUGUCCUGCAGCACUCAGUGUGCCCUGCAGCAUCCAGUGUGCCCUGCAGCACCCAGUGUGUCCUGCAGCACCCAGUGUGUCCUGCAGCACCAAGUGUGUCCUGCAGCGUCCAGUGUGCCCUGCAGCACCCAGUGUGUCCUGCAGCACCUAUUGUGUCCUGCAGCACCCAGUGUGUCCUGCAGCACCAACCCACAGAAGGGCAUAACCCCGCUUACAAGUAG